AUGACCCUCGUUCACAUUGGACUGACCUCGUAUGGAGAUGCCCACUUUUCCCUCUUCUUGCGCAAAGUGUUUAUCAAGGCCUUGGGGUACUCGGAAGAUGCUCUUUCUCGUCCAAUUAUUGGCAUCAUCAAUACUGGCUCUGGCUUCAAUCCGUGUCAUGGAAACACGCCGCAGCUAAUCGAAGCAGCCAAGCGAGGUAUCCAUCUGAAUGGUGGCAUAGCCAUUGAUUUCCCCACCAUCAGUCUGCACGAAUCAUUUUCGCAUCCGACGAGCAUGUUUCUGCGAAACUUAAUGAGCAUGGACACUGAGGAGAUGAUUCGCGCCCAACCCGUGGAUGCGUGUAUUAUGAUCGGAGGUUGUGAUAAGACAGUUCCAGCCCAGAUUAUGGGAGGUAUUUCGGCCAACAAGCCAGUGCUGCCUCUUCUGACUGGGCCUAUGAUGCCGGGAAGUCAUAGAGGGCAGCGGAUUGGUGCUUGUACCGAUUGUAGAAACAAUUGGGCAUCAUAUCGUGCCGGAACCAUUGACAUGGAAGAGAUUUCGGCGAUCAAUGAGGAGUUGGCACCAACGAUUGGCACCUGCGGUGUGAUGGGCACUGCGAGUACUAUGGCUUGCAUCACGGCCGCGCUAGGCUUGAUCCCCCUACAGGGAGCCUCUGCUCCUGCGGUGUCUGCGGCGAGGCUCCGCAUCGCAGAACAAACAGGUGCCAAUGCUGUUGCUGCGGCUGAAAGUCGACGGUCACCGCAGACAAUUUUAACCUCUGAUUCGUUCUACAAUGCCGCAGUGGUACUCCAAGCCAUCGGUGGUUCUACAAACGCCAUGGUUCACCUGAUGGCUAUAAUCAACCGCCAUCCCGACAUUAGUGGGUCAAUAACUCUCCAAACGUUGGACGAGGUCGGCCGUAGAACUCCACUCCUUGUCGAUCUGAAACCCAGCGGCGACAAUUAUAUGACCGAUUUUCACAAUGCUGGUGGCAUGCUGUGCCUUCUGCAUCGUCUACGACCGCUCCUCCGCCUUUCAGCCAAAACGAUCACGGGCGAAACCCUUGGUGAAGUUUUGGAUCGCACCCCUUUCCGAGACUUUGAGUACUCUCAGAACAUUAUCCGUACAUUGUCCAAUCCUUUACAUCCUUCGUCGUCCUUAGUGGUUGUUGAGGGCAACAUCGCGCCCCACGGGGCCGUGAUCAAAGCAUCCGCAUCCAAGGAUAAACGUCUUCUCCGCCAUACAGGACCUGCGGUCGUUUUCGAGAAUCCUCGUGAUCUUUCAUUACGCCUCGACAGUCCGGACCUUGACGUGACAGCCGACUCGGUACUGGUGCUGAAAGGCAUUGGUCCAAUUGGGAACCCUGGAAUGCCUGAGGCGGGAAUGAUUCCCAUUCCACGCAAGCUGGCUGCCCAAGGGGUAACAGAUAUGCUUCGAAUCUCGGACGGCCGGAUGUCAGGAACGGCAGGGGGGACGAUUGUUCUACAUGUCUCGCCCGAGUCCGCCGUUCCAGAUUCGCCAUUUGGUGUUAUUGAGACUGGCGAUAUGAUCGUGUGCGAUGUUGAAAAUCGCGUGAUCCGCUUGGAGAUCUCCGACGAAGAGCUACAGGAAAGGAUUGCACAGCGCCGGCGGUUAACCGCUGAAGACAAGACUUCGACGUGGAAUGAGAGGCAAACUAGGCGAGGAUAUCGGGGUCUCUACGAGCGGGAGGUCAACCAGGCACAUGAAGAAAGUCUCCCUUCUCAUCAUCUACUAUGA